AUUAUACGCACCCAACACACACAUAGAUACACACACACACCCAACACACAAAAGGGGGAAAAAAAUGGAUAGAAACCAAUGUCCAUAUGAAUCUUUGUGACGACAAUCACAAAGCCCCCAGUGGCAUACUUUUAACACACACGGUCGCACACUAACACUAUUUCUUUUUUAAUACUGAUAUUUUUUUUCCUUUAUAUUAGGACCUUCAAAUUCAAUUCCUGUUAGUAGCGGCAGUGGGAAUAGUAGAGUAUAUUUUUCUUGAUUUACGUGUUUGUGUGUGUGUGUGUGUGUGUGUGAAGUUAUGAGGUUCCUACGGGAAUUCAUGGCAUGUUGUGGUUCAUGCUCUUCAACAUCGACGGUCAAGGAAGAAGCAAGGUUGUUGGUGGCUUCGGCGCCACCGCCUGGCUCCGAAACAUGCGGGAUCAGAGGGCGGAAGCGAGGCAGGGCGACGGGGACGGGAAGGUCUGGUCGUAAUUCCUCUUCCGGCGGGGAAUGGCGGCCAUCCUUGUCUUCGAUUUGUGAAGACAACGUUUUACAUGAGAGGAACAAAAUUGAUCAUCAUCGUCAUCAUCAUGAUCAUCAAGAGGUGCCUAUCACCGUCGUCCAAUCAUCAUCAUCAUCAUCACCAUCAUCUGAGCGGAGUCUUAAAAGGAAGAUUACGUCAGCGGCUAGACCUCGUUCCCAUUGUCCUCGAGAAGAUGUCAGUUUCAGGCGACCGGCAGUGCAUGCAGUGAUGCCAACGUUUUCACCAGCACCCUUCAUGUUCUGAAUGGACGACGGACUCCUCUUUCUUGUUUCUUCUCAAUCUCCGUUCGGGGCUUCGUCGACUACGAAAUUCGCGUGUAAAUAUAUUCACUACGCAGAAACAUCAUGUCUGGAUAAGAAGAUAUGUAUAUUUGUGUUGUAUUAGUAAUACUUUGAGAUUAGUUUGACCUCAAAAAUCAGUGGAAUGAAUAGGAUAUGGAAGGUUGUUAAAACCUUUUUUUUU